CGCGUUGUUCGGGCACGUAAUUGAAGGUAUAGAAUUUCAAUUUUUUUUUGUUCCAAGAGAAACGAUGCGGCAGGAGCAGACGACUGCGCGUACAGAGAACUCGACACAUGUCGCGGCGCGCGCUCACGAGUUGCAAGUCAUGCUCGCUGCCGGAGCCCAACGCGAAUGCGAAGGCGGCCACGGAACCUGCAUGACGGAACCGCGAAGAUUCCGUCCACGGGUUAUAAUAUCUAUGAAACUACGCCGACAGCGCUAACGCCAUUGCAUGUCCAAGAACACAGUGGAAGCAUGUGGAAGCUUCUAGAACAUUCCGAGGUCGGCAGUUGUACGUAGGCUGCAACUCUUUUUUUUUUUUAUUCCUUUGGUUUAACCAUCGCCCUCGCGCCGAUCACGGUGAUAACAGCGGCACGGCGGCUAGCGAGCCGGUGACGUAGUUCGACAUUAGACCAAUGAGAGAAGAAAAGAAAUUGCCCGGGUGUAUCAACGCAUGCGCCGAAGAGCUUGGCAUCGCGGUCGUCGAGGGCACAUAGCGAGCAUCCGGGGGCUUGGGCCGCCAUUUUACCUUUUCCGUCUGCUUCGGCGUGCGUCGUGUCUGCUGCCUUCUGCGUCGCACCAUACCUCGAGCUCCUGCUGGUCUUAAUUACGCGCUAACAAUGGCAGCGCUUGUCGAAGUUACACGCUGCGCAUCUUCCCGCCUUCGGCCGACUCUGGAAGCACUGGCUUCAUGCACCGGACCUGAAAAACGUGAGGCACGCCUCGAGAGACUUGUUGCCCGACCCGCCAGCCUUCUCCGUCUCGGCAAUUCCUGGCCCCGCUUUCGAGCUCCCGGAGUGUGACCGCCAGCCGGCAUAACUACGUUACUAAACGCCGACGACACUCCGGUCGAGCCGGCGCAGCGUAUAUGAGCCGCAAGUCGUUCCUGCCGAGUACUCGUUCUUUUGUUUGUGCGCGUUUCCACCCUCCCGACGGCGCCUGGACUAUUGAACUGUGGAUGAACUCUGAGAGUGGCCACUAACCCCAGGACCUGCGCGGCAACCCCUCGUCACGGCGAGCGUCGUCUCUACGAGCUUCGCAUCGAGCGUCCUAAACGCUCAAAAGGCCUGUGUGUGCACUUUGUGCAUUUUUUUCUAGAUGGUCUAGCUGGCGAGGGUGGCGCAUGCCUUAGAGAAGUUAACUGUCUGUUCAGUUGCACUAGCUAGCGCUCACUAGGGUUGUAUAGCUACACUACAAGAUUGCGUAAAGUUAGUGUUGUUGCUUAGCUGUAAGCCCGAGGUUUUGUGGGCAUGGCUUGCGGCCACACGGGUCUUCUCCGUGCCGGAAUCGAAGAGGACGGGCCACGUGUUGCGGGGUGGCGGUGUAUAGCUUCAGGUUUUAGCUGGCACAGAGGGUUAGCUAACACUAAGCAGGCAACAGCUGAUAGCCGUCCUCUUACGACUGCGUCAGGGACAUGGACCCAUCCGAACGGCCUUGCGACCCGACCCCACUAUUUCGUGACGUAGAUAGCCCGCGCGCGUGAGUGCGCGUGCUAUCGAGCGAAAUGUGGGAAUGACGGAAGCAAACGGCCUUCGGACAUAACCUCGCCAGCUAUUAGGCACUAACCCGCUCUACGCAGCACCUCGACGCCGGACGUCGCCUGCUGUUCUCGUCGGAGCUGGGCCGGGCAGCAGCUACAAGCAUCACUCGCACCGCGCCCGGUCUACCGUGUUCCCUCGUCGGUGUUGCCUUGUGGCCCUGCACCGGGAUCCCGAGGUCCGCUUUCGAGAUUGCGGACCACGAGUCGGAAGGAUAUCCAGCGUGCUGCUCCACGUUUGCCAUCCUCCCAACGUCCCCCGCCGGAGAUGGCCUUGAGCACCUCUUACCGUGGCUGACCGCGUUGGCUCCUUUGCAUUUCCACGUUCAUGGCGUCCUUCUGCUACGGGGAACUUCGUUUGCUACUACUGCCCACGUGUAAGAUGGAUAUCCAGCGUGCUGCUCCACGUUUGCCAUCCUCCCAACGCCCCCCUCAGGAGAUGGCCUAGAGCACCGCUCGUACCCUGACCGACCGUUCCCCUUCGCCGGUGCGGUCUCGCCGGCAGACGAAAGUGCUCGUCACCCUGCUUUGCUACGGGAUCCCGACGUCUGCGUUCGAUUGAAGCCCAUAAGCUAUCCAGUGGGCUGCUCCCCGUGUGCCAUCCUCCCAACGUCCCCUUCGGGAGAUGGCCUACAGAAUCACUCGUAAUCUGGCCGAUGGUGUUUGGUUAAAUUACCUUCCCUCACCCAUGGCGUCCUGCUGGCAGUCGGAACCUUGCUCCUCGCCCGCCACUACUGAUGACCGUUUUGGAUGGCGGUGAGCGAGGAUAACGUCCGAGGCAGUUUUGCCAAAAGAUCAGAUGCUUCUGAGCAACCAUCCUUCCACGGCUGUGGCCGUUGCACAUCGGCGGCAACUGGACAUCCAAGUCUGAGUGUGGCCACUAACCCCAGGACCUGCGCAGCAACCCCUCGUCACGGCGAGCGUCGUCUCUGCGAGCUUCGCAUCGAGCGCCCUAAACGCUCAUCAGGUGGUCUUUGUGCAUGUUGUAGAUGGUCUAGCUGGCGAGGGUGGCGCACGCCAUAGGGAAGUUAACUGUUUGUUUUGUAAUUUUGUAAUGUAUAGCUACAUUACAAAAUUGCUUAGCUGUAAGCCCGAGGUUUCGUGGGCCUGGCUUGCGGCCACAUGGGUCUUCUCCGUGCCGGAAUCGAAGAGGACGGGCCACGUAUUGCGGGGUGGCGGCGUAUAGCUUCAGGUUUUAACGGCUUAGCUCGUACUGCGCAGGCUACAGCUGAUAGCCGUCCUCUACGAGUGCGUCAGGGACAUGUACCCUUCCGAAUGGCCUUGCGACCCGACCCCACCAUUUCGUGACAAGGUAGCCCGGGCGCGUCAGUGCUAUCGAGCGAAAUGAGGAAUCACGGAAGCAAACGCCAUUCGGAAAUUGCCUCGCCAGCUUUUAGCUAUUGCGGUGACCUUACGUCGCCCACGGUCUGGAGCGGAGCCCGGCCGUGCAGCAGCUAUGGUGAGUGGUCCAUUUCUUUGCGGUUCCCGCUGUUCUUUUCCGGUUGUUUACUUUCCUCCUUGCGUCGCAGAUGAUGACCUUGAUCACCGCUCGUGCCGUCACCAGCCGUCUGAACACUUUCGCGUUCCCUCGGCGGGGAAGUGUUGCUGGUGGACUGGACUUCGUUCCUCACCCGGCACUACACCUGGCAAGUACCAUGAACACUAGAAUCGUAGUAUGGCUGUGCUCUGGAGUGUUUAACAAGCCCUGCCUGAUUUCAGGUUCCUACCGUCUGCUUUCCAUUGCGGCUAUUCGCAAGCAUAUCCAGCGGGCGGUUCUGCACAUCUAUUUUCCGGCCGUGUUACGCCUGCAUUUUUCUCGCUGGUGGCUUUCAGCUGGGAGAUGCAGAUUCGUUCAGCUCCCUGCACUACUUCUGAUAAGUACCAUCUAUUCACUCCAAUGGUACUACGGUUGUUUUCUCGUGUGGCGGAUAAGCCCUGUGGCAUUUAAGGUUCCGAACGUCUGCUUUUGAAUUAAGCCGUGUUUUCCUCUGACGGCUAUGGUUACUGUUCUCUGUGCUCCUUGUCUUAGUCCUGUUGCUACACCUUGCCGGCUCCGCAAGUACACUUUGUGGGCUUCGAUGAAAUUUGCUGUCGAAUGUAUUUAUUAUGCAGACCUUCGAGGUUAGGUUUAUGUUUCGGAAAACUUCGCCACACAGUUUCCAAAACGCUUUUGUAUGUCGCUCUCCCAGUAAGACGACGUUGAAUUUCUUCCGUUCCUGGUUAUAUUUCUUAGCUGAUUUCAUUUCCUCACCCGUAAUUUAUUUCGUCUACUCGGAGUGCCACAUUUUUCACAAUGCUUUGGUAACUCUACGUAGUCUUCACUUUUGUCGAAGGUUGCCCUCCUAUUCUUCAACGUUUCAUCCAAGUUUUCUGGUUCCGCCCAUCGGCUCCGCAGAAGUUAGAGGAAUAGGUUCUCCGAUUCCAUCGUGAAUUUGUGUGAACGAUUGUUUUUUAAUGAUACCACCUACUUCGUAUAUUCGGGUAUAUAGUUCCCCAUUAUGCAGUACACAUUCACCGAUCGCUUUCCGCAGUAGACUUGAAAACUACUGAUGAGCCUUUCACAGAAACCGCCCCCACAAGGUGUUUUGUGGAAGAAAUUUCUACUUUGUGAUAGGUCAUAAAUUGUUCAGUUGUUAUCGACGUGAUGUUGCUGUGACCGCAUUGAAUACCUUAUUCGUUCUCCUGAAAGUCUUGCAUUGUUGCUGAGCACAUUCAUGUUAGAGCUGAGAAACACCGAAAAUAAUGCAGAAAACCGAUGUGGAGCGCCUCCAACGGUUUCGCAAUGUGCCUCUUGUCACGGCAAAUGUGAAAGCUGGUACACAGUUUGGCUAUGUCUCCUUACUUUUUUUGUAGUUGCUCCCAGCGCACCGUUGAAAUAUAGACCAGCUAUUUCAGACUGUGGUCUUCGUUACUCACCCUCAAGAGGAAGUUCUUGCUCUUACGAUGAUCUGGAAUUGCAUCUUCGCCACACAACGCACUGUCGUAUUUCUUUCACGUAUACGCGACAGUGUACCGCGUACUCCACCGUGAAGAUUGUUCAUAUAUGCGUCGCACUAAUAGUCAACGAACUAUUCCAUUUACACGUGAUCGGGUGCUGCUCGUCUUGUGAUACGGCCCCUACCGAAAGCGCCCUUGAAGUCUCAUUGGGUCUUUAUCUUAAUAUACCUGGUAUUCGCCUACUGUCUGCACAUUCGCUUGCUUGCUGAAUUUCUGCAAUUUUUCAAUAUACACACUUUGUUCUAGCCAAAUCAGACAGGUUUCGACGGUAUUUAUUUCUUCUGCUUUCAGUGGACCGUAGAACUUGUCAUCUAUUAUUCACGCAACGAAACAUUCACGUUGUUCCUCUCCAAAUAUUCAAGUAACUGCCGAACUUGUCAACUUCAGUGCCUGGUCUUGAGAUCCUUUUCGACGUAUAUCUGACACGAGAAUCAUCUCUUUUCCUUUCAUUAUUAUCCGGCAUUUUGUAACGGCUAUUUUGCCUGCGGCAACUGGGAUCUCUUCUACAAAAUUGUUCACUACGACAUCUUUUCUGCGUUCACUCCUGGUUAUACCUGCUCGAUUUUUCACUACUAUUGACGUAUCCCCAUUGUUCUACUAAGUAAGUCUUCUUUUUUUCUUCUGUGUUCAACGGUUGCUUUAUGCAUUUUCUUUCUCCAAUGCAGCACGAUUGUACAAGUAGUCCAAUACUUUACUGUUGCUCGAAAGUUCUAAUUUGCGAGACUGACGACGGUGUUCAUUAGAGCUACUUUUCUUUGCCAGGACCAGCAGUGUCUCCACUCUGAUAUAACAGUACCAUGAAUGCUGCACUUGAAUACACCACCGCGCUUGCAUCCGAUAAGUGUCGGUGCUUACGUUCCGUUUUCUUGUUGUCGAUGCGCUCUUGAGGCAUUCAGUCCUUUAUCUUCCUCGGUAUAUUUCUCCAUAGAUCAAUCACGUUCGUCUGGGAGAAGGUUGUCCCAAGAUUCCGGUUUUUCCCGUCACUGAAUACCGAUAUUAGCUGUUACAGUGCAGGACGUUAGAAAUUCCAACCAACCGAAUAUUUUUGCCCUGGCUUCGUUGCCCUUCGUUGGCAUUUCACUCGAGUCUUCGUAUCGAUAUGAUAGCAGCAUACCGUCGGCCAUGUGCCAGUUCAUUCCUAGAAUACUAGUCUGGCUGGAUCACGUAAGAACGGCACCUUAAUGCGCAUUUAAAUUCUCAUUUCUUCACCGUUUGAUGUCCCUUUGCAAAUCAUCAUUGCAGCACGGCGAAUUUUUCUUGCUUCUAGUCGGCUUCUCUCCAGCGAAGCCGACUGGGAAGAGGCACUCCGGAGCCCAUCGCUCCAGCCAGACACAACUAGAGGCAAUCCAGAGGGCCCGAGAAAGGGCGGAACAUCACGGCGUUCCUGCCCCGACUUGGACGCGGCCAGCGGCUUCCGCGGGUCCCCGAUAGGGGCCUCCGCUGAAGCUCCUCAGGAUCAAAUAAAGUUCAUUGUCUGUCUGUCUGUCUGCCUUCACGGCUUCCGCCUGGUUUCUUAUGAUCCAAGCAUAACUUGAUCAUCGCAAACUUAUUUACGUUUGCUGUCAUUGCAAGAAUUUCUUCCAAAACUCCUUAACAGUGUUGCUACAUCUGCAUUCAAAUUUUCUCCUGGCUGAAGAUAAUAAUUCAGAACAUUCCUGAUCUUAAACACGAGGCGUCAAAUACUACGCCUAAUUUUCUUGCUAGUAGGUCUUUUCGAAUUGCUUCAUUGCGCGAUAUGGUAGUUAUUGUUCAGAUUCUUCCGAGCACGCUCGCUUUUCCAUUCCAAGCGUGAAACAUCUCGCAUUGAACAGCCGUAUUUUUAUCUCGGUACUGAAUUCGUCUGUCUUCGAGAUCGUCUUCCGAUUGCCACUUCGUCGAUCUCCACAUUAACUUGCUCUAUCCUUCUGAACAGUCCUUGUGACUACAUAGUCCACUUCAUGCAUCGUUUCUUUCUGAGGAGCUAAGCCAGUAUAUUCCACCAUCAAAAAGGUGAAAAUGGAAGUCGCCAAUUUCUGCGGCGUCAAGAACCAUGGCGAGUUUAGCGUUUCGCAGUUCUACACCACAUGGGUCAGGCACGAUCCAGUCGGGCAUUUUCGAUUUUCCAUUUUAUCUUCGUUUCGUCUUUCUACUGGGCUUCCCUCCUGAUCUCCACUACUGGUUCUACAAUCCUGUUUUCAACUGCGGUCCUCAAGCGUACCCAGCGUGACCCUGCACUACACUACGGUCUGCGCUCCAAAAUAUUACUUUGGCUACGAGCAUCACCUGUUCCAGCAGCGACCACUACUGCUUCUACAUUCCCUUGCCAGUGGCGUCCUGCUGGUAGACUCGACGUGUCUCCUCGCCCUGCACUACUAAUGAUUCUGCAGGUUCUGCAAUCCUGUUUCCAACUGCGGUCCUCAAGCACAUCCAGCGUGCCCCUGCAUUACUCUACGGUCUGCGCUCCAAAAGGUUACUUCGGCCACGAGCAUCACCUGUUAGAGGAGCGGCUGAUACUGCUUACAUUCUCUCGCCAGUGGCGUCCCUCGGGCAGACUGAACUUGUCUCCUCGCCAUGCACUACUAUUUGUUCUGCAAUCCUGUUUUACACUGCGGUCCCCAAGCACAUCCAGCGUGCCCCUGCACUACUCUACGGUCUUCGCUCCAAGAAUUACUUCGGCCACGAGCAUCACCUGUUCCAGGAGCGACUACUACUGCUUCUACAUUCCCUCGUUAGUGGCGGCCGUGUUGGAAGACUGGUUCUCAUCGCCCUGCACUACUACUGGUUCUGCAGUUCCGUUUUCGAUUGCGGUGGGUAUCUAGCACGCUCCUGCACAUCGACUCUACGGUCAGCGCUACAAAAGAUUACUUCGGCCACGAGCAUCAGCUGUUCCAGGAGCGCCCAUUACUGCUUCUACAUUCGCUCGCCAGUGGCGUCCUGCUGGUAGAGUGGACUUGUCUCCUCGCCUUGCACUACUACUGGUUCUGCAUUCCCGUUUUCAACUGCGGUCCUCAAGCGUACCCAGCGUGCCCCUGCACUACUCUAUGGUCAGCGCUACAAAAGAUUACUUCGCCCACGAGCGUCACCUGUUCCAGGAGCGACCACUACCGCUUCUACAAACCCUUGCCAGUGGCGUCCUGCUGGUAUAGUGGACUUGUCUCCUCGCCUUGCACUACUACUGGUUCUGCAUUCCGGUUUUCAACUGCGGUUCUCAAGCGUACCCAGCGUGCCCCUGCACUACUCUACGGUCAGCGCUACAAAAGAUUACUUCGCCCACGAGCGUCACCUUUUCCAGGAGCGACCACUACCGCUUCUACAAACCCUUGCCAGUGGCGUCCUGCUGGUAUAGUGGACUUGUCUCCUCGCCUUGCACUACUACUGGUUCUGCAUUCCGGUUUUCAACUGCGGCUCUCAAGCGUACCCAGCGUGCCCCUGCACUACUCUACGGUCAGCGCUACAAAAGAUUACUUCGCCCACGAGCGUCACCUGUUCCAGGAGCGACCACUACCGCUUCUACAAACCCUUGCCUGUGGCGUCCUGCUGGUAUAGUGGACUUGUCUCCUCGCCUUGCACUACUACUGGUUCUGCAUUCCGGUUUUCAACUGCGGUUCUCAAGCGUACCCAGCGUGCCCCUGCACUACUCUACGGUCAGCGCUACAAAAGAUUACUUCGCCCACGAGCGUCACCUGUUCCAGGAGCGAGCACUACCGCUUCUACAAACCCUUGCCAGUGGCGUCCUGCUGGUAUAGUGGACUUGUCUCCUCGCCUUGCACUACUACUGGUUCUGCAUUCCCGUUUUCGACUGCGGUUCUCAAGCGUACCCAGCGUGCCCCUGCACUACUCUACGGUCAGCGCUACAAAAGAUUACUUCGGCCACGAGCAUCAGCUGUUCCAGGAGCGCCCAUUACUGCUUCUACAUUGGCUCGCCAGUGGCGUCCUGCUGGUAUAGUGGACUUGUCUCCUCGCCUUGCACUACUACUGGUUCUGCAUUCCGGUUUUCAACUGCGGUUCUCAAGCGUACCCAGCGUGCCCCUGCACUACUCUACUAUCAGCGCUACUAGAGAUUUCUUAAGCCACGAGCAUCACCUGUUCCAGGAGCGACUACUACUGCUUCUACCUUACCUCGCCCUGCACUACUACUGGUGCUGCGCUCCCGUUUUCGACUGCGGUGGGUACUUAGCAGACCCCUGCACAUCGACUCUCCGUUCUGCACUCGAAAAGAGAUUACUUCGGGCACCAGCAUCAGCCGUUCCAUGAGCGACUGCUAUUGCUUCUACGUUCUCUCGCGGACGGCGUCUUGCUGACAGAUUGGACUUAGCCUGGCACCCUUGCACUUAAUUCUGGUUCCCAGUGUUUGCUGUCGCUUGUGGUGCAGGAGAAAUGUUCCAGCACGCUCAUUUACUAGAACAUCCCUGGACUUGCCUCACGAGCAACCAUCUUCAGCAAGGUCGUCCUGCCGCGUCCUCUAUACAACAGGCUUCCUCAUACUCGUGAAUGCGUCGCACGUCUGUCAUGGCGGUGUCCUGUACUGUAGACGGCGUUUUCAUGCUCUGAAGGACUGUUUCGUCACCGUCCCGCGACCGUCCGUCGGAUGCGCUCCUACAGUUGUGUUGCCUUUUGCACAGGCAUAUUUAAGAAGUUCAGCGUAGCAAGCUUCUUCGGAAGAGGGGUACGAUGCUCUGCGAAUGAUGGCGCUUCUAGGAAUCGGGUUAAUACGAAGCAGAACAAUAAGAAAAAGGUCUGGUUACGUGGACACCACUCAGUCCUUAAUAAAAGACGUCAAUGUUUUCAUGAGCCGAUCUGUAAAUUUUUGGUGGCGAGAGUAAUGGACAUUCAUUGACAUUGUGCACUUUUAUAGUAGCACGUUGUGUGUGUGUGUGUGUGUGUGUGUGUGUGUGUGUGUGUGUGUGUGUGUGUGUGUGUGUGUGUGUGUGUGUGUGUGCCUGCCUGCCUGCCUGCCUGCCUGCGUAUACGUGUCGCCUACUCCGUGCUCCAUUCCUUUUUCGAUCGAGAACGCAUGAUACGGGCUCAGCUGCUAGCUGGCGCACUUCGAAUUUUUCAUAUGUUGGUAGCAUUUCCAGCGUCACAGUUGCUUCACUUUUCCCGGUAUAUUCCUGUUGAGAGAUUCCUGGUUUGAUGGUUUAUUAUCGUCUAUGGACAUCCGCUUUUGGGUUGGUCGAACCGCUGGUUUGUUUGGCUUUGGUCCUUGGGUUGAUCUCUGUGCUCGUUUCAGCAUUCAGCGGUUUUGUUCAGGCGUCUUCUCGUGCCAGAAACGGUCGUCUUACAUUCUCCGUUCUUCCACGUCGCUCAUCACUGACUCGAAAAGAAUAACACGCUACUACAAAAGGACACAAUGUCAAUGAAUGGGAAAGGGGUGGUUAUUCUCGCCAACGGAAAUUUCCUGAUUUGCUCAUGUAGAUAAUGACGUCCAUCUUUAAUACCCGUGUCACACGGGCACAUUUGGAAGGCCUUCCAGUCGACGGCCGUCCAAACGCCAGAACUCUAUCGACUCAAAGGAGUUGUCGCGCUGCUACACGGCACUUUUGAAAGGCCGUUGAGUGGUUCCGGCGUUACUCGCCAAAUUGUGUGGCGCUGCGUAUCUCUAUUUUCGUUUUCAUGUCACAAAACGUUAAACAACAUUAAAACCACUUAAAAAGCACUAUAAUUUCUUUUAUGUUUCUUUAUACAUUAAAACAAUUGUUUAUACAUUGUCUUACAUGUAUGUUUAGUUUUUAAGUUGUGGAGUAGCGAAACUGCGGCAACGUUUGCGUCGCUGCACGUCGCUGUUGUCGAGAGUGUGUGUAGUUCGCGCAUAUCAAGUGGCAAAAAUACUUUAUUGAAUAAUUGAUAACGCUCAUAUAUAGUAUUUUUAGAGCAUUUUGGUUUGAUUUGUUCUUUCUAACCGUGAGUUGGAGCACACUGUGAACGAGAAGGCAUGUUCGCGCUGUUUCCGUUUCCGUUGCUCAAAGGCCAUCGAGAUUUUGAUAGAGUUGUGAGGUGCUCCGUUGACUCGAUAGACUAUUGACUCGGCGGCUGUCGAAAUCGCCCGUGUAGCAGCUCGAACUUG